GCUAGCUCAGCGCCUCGGCGUCGUGCGUGGACUCGAGUGCGCUGCGGCGCACUGCAGGACCUUCUGGUCGCUCCACGCUCUUCGCCGAGGAUGUUCGCGGCUGUACGGCGACAAGGCCUGCCAUCUUUCGCUAUCUGCACUGCAAGCUGUCAACACCAUGGGCUUCAAGAGCGGCCGCAAAGACUCUUCAGCGCGACCCGUUGAUGACGGCGACGAGCUUCUCCGGCAACUCGUCUCCUCCCUGGAGAACGAAGCCCCGUACGUGUAUCUCGAGAAGGACAACCAUGACCAGGGGCUGGCCCAAACGCAAAAUGGACUGCCUCCAUGGUUUGACGAGGAGAGAUUCAAACGGGGUGUGGAGACAUUUGAGAAAAACAUCUUUCUCAUGUUUACCGGUAAAAUGGCCGGACUGUUGACCCUGUUGGCCGUGCCCACCAUCGUGAAGGUGUUGGUGCUGACUAAGAAGUCAGAAGAACCGGUCAAAGCUUUCAGAAGAUAUGUGGACACUAUCAGACACAUGCUGUUCUGGUACAGGUCGAGUCUGAAGGAUCCUAAAUCUCUGAGCCACGAGUCACUGGCGGUUGUACGCGGGCACCACCUGCGGGGGGCCGCGGCAGCUCGGAGAGCCGGUCUACCGGGCAUCUCCCAGCUGGACCUGGUUCUGACUCAGUUCGCCUUCUGCGGCAUCGCCGUGGUGCGACGGAAACUACUGCACCUGGACGCCAGCGACCAAGACGUAUUGGACUUCAUGCACGUCUGGAGGACGCUGGGGUGCCUCAUAGGCAUUCAAGACCGGUUCAAUAUCUGCCAGUUCGACUACGACAUCAGUGCUACUGAUGGUGUUUUGGAAGAAGUGUGCACAAGGUGGCUGGGGCCUGCACUGCUCUCCCCACCCCCAGAGUUCGCUCAAAUGUCACAUGCUCUUCUGGAAGGAUCAUGGUGCAUUAUGCCGGUCUUAGAAUACUCAUCAUUUCUCAACUUCACUCAGGAAUUAAUAGGAAUUCCUCAGCCACAACGAACUGAGCCUCCAAACUCAUACAGCUCAUCCCUUCUGUACUUACUUCACAUUGUACCUUCCACGAUGAACUGGCCCAUAAUUGGCAAGUUCAUAAGAAUGUAUCACAAUGCGAACAUGCAUUUCUCUUUGUACAUGUCAACAUACCACCCAUUAUUGGCAUGGUAUUCGUUUCCUCGCAAUACUACCACCCAAUACAAAAUACUAGUUCCAAACGAAGCCUAAGGUUGAAUGAGCCAAAGACUGUUAGCAAACCUUGUCAAUCAAAUUAAAAACUUAAAGUGUGUAAAAUAUAACGGAGUUCUAAAACAACAGGGCAAGUAUAAAUAAAUAAAUGAAACAGUGUUUUUUAAAUCUUA